AUGGAGGUUACCUCCACCUUCGUCUCCACCUCUUCGUCUUCGAAGUAUCUCACCUUAACUUCAUACUCUCCGGUGAUUCUUCCCGCUUCUAGUCUCCGUUCCAUCCGUACUGAUUUCCUCGGCUCCUGCCACACUCUCCGUCCUCCUCAUCCUCAUCAUCAUCUUCGAACUCGCGCGGGAAAACGGAGAAAUGGUCGUUCUUCUUCAACACGAUCGCCUCGUUUAGUCGUUAGAGCUUCUAUCGACUCUGGUCUGAUCCUUGUUGUUGUGGCUGUUACCGCUUUUUCCGCCAUUGCUUUCGCUUAUUGCCAAAGUACUUUCAGAAAACGUAAACUUCCCGACAAGACCAGUCGAGUUUCCGACAAAGUUGCAGCAUCUCCUGAAACGCUUCAUGGAGGAAGCAUCAGUAGUGUUGAGAGUCAGCGGGAAAGUCAACAUUUUGAUGUUCAUGAAGGCGCUCCUGUGGAAGUAAAUGGAGGUUUUAGAAAGAAGGUGGAAGAGGAGGCUCAUCAAACUGCUGUGAUGGAGUUAGAUUCAUUUGUGGCCAAAGAAACGGAGAUGGCAGCUGAGGAGUCACAGUUUGCUGUUGCCAGUGAACAUAGUUCUACAAAUGAUUCCCUUUCAGCUCCUAUGAGUAAUGGGUAUGUUGCUGUGACAUUGGGAGCACAAGCACCUGAAAAGCAAGUUGAAAACAUCGAAGAGAAAAUAGUUAGAGAUGAGUCCCUUUCAUCUUCUCUUAGUAAUGGGUCUGUUGCUUUGGAAUCAACCACAUUGGAAACAAAAACACCUGAAAAACAGAUUGAAGACAGCCAAGAGCAAAAGGUUACGGAUUAUGUUUUUUCACAGGAAGUGGUGGGAGUUCAUUCGAUUGCUUCUCCACAUGUGGUAGAUGAUGAUACACGUUCUCUCGAGCAUGAGUAUAAUGGUCUGAUCCAAAAGCCUAUCGAAUAUAGCAUUUUCACGGAGAAUAAGAGAGAAGAAAUUCACACAUUUUAUGGGUCUAAUCAUUCAUCACCAAGUUCUUCCAGGUUGACAAGUGUUAAAGCAGUCUCUCCUACUCUUACUUCUCCUGCAACUGAUAGUUUAUUGUUAGACCACAAGAACAAUGGAACCAUUGAUACUCAGUUCUCAGGACCAAGUUCUGGUCAGGCUCCUGGUUAUAUUGAAGAAGAGAAUCUUGUGGGACACGGUAACGGUGGUUUAUCCUUCCAAAGGAAUGAUGGAAGAAGAGACUGGGAAGUUCCAGAUGAUGUGAAGCAUGUGGUUCACCAAACUGAUGAAAGCAUGCCUGAGUUCCCUUCUCAGAUACUUAAUAGCAAUGGGCGUUCUGUAGAAACUACUGAUGCUUACUACCGAUUACUUAGAGAUGGGAGGCUAAUGGAUUGCAUAGACGCACUUGAAGAUCUGGAGAAAAGGGAUCUAUUGGACAUGGACAAGAUUUAUCACGCAAGCUUCUUUAAACUCUGCAAGAAGCAAAGGGCUGUCAAGGAAGCAUUUCGCUUUACCAAGUUGAUUCCAAAUCCAACCUUAAGCACAUUCAAUAUGUUGAUGUCUGUAUGUGCAAGCUCCCAGGACAUAGAAGGAGCUCGUGGAGUUUUGCAUCUGGUGCAAGAGAAUGGUAUGAUGGCUGAUUGCAAACUUUAUACAACUUUAAUAUCAAGUUGUGCUAAAAGUGGGAAAGUUGAUGCAAUGUUUGAGGUGUUCCACCAGAUGGCAAAUUCUGGAGUAGAACCCAAUCUUCACACGUUUGGUGCGCUUAUUGAUGGCUGUGCUAGAGCUGGACAAGUAGCCAAGGCAUUUGGUGCUUAUGGAAUUUUAAGGUCUAAGAAUGUUAAGCCAGACCGGGUUGUAUUCAAUGCCCUCAUCUCUGCAUGUGGUCAGUCAGGAGCUGUUGACCGUGCUUUUGAUGUGUUAGCUGAAAUGAAGGCUGAAACACACCCUAUAGACCCUGAUCAUAUCACAAUUGGUGCGUUGAUGAAGGCAUGUUUUAAUGCUGGACAGGUAGAACGAUCUAAAGAGGUAUACAAGAUGAUCCAUCAAUAUGGAAUAAAGGGUACUCCAGAAGUCUAUACCAUCGCUGUGAAUAGUUGCAGCAAGUCUGGGGACUGGGAUUUUGCAUGUAGCAUAUACAAUGACAUGAAAGACAAAGGUGUUAUCCCUGACGAGGUGUUUUUUAGUGCAUUGAUCGAUGUUGCAGGACAUGCAAAAAUGUUAGACGAAGCUUUUGGCAUUCUUCAGGAUGCGAAAUCUCAAGGCAUACGUCUGGGAACAAUAACAUAUAGCUCACUGAUGGGAGCUUGUUGUAAUGCGAAAAAAUGGAAGAAAGCAUUGGAGCUCUAUGAAAAGAUCAAGUCAAUCAGACUUAGACCAACUGUUUCAACAAUGAAUGCCCUUAUAACUGCCUUGUGUGAAGGUGGCCAACUUCCCAAGGCUAUGGAAUAUCUUGAUGAGAUAAAGACUUUGGGAUUAACACCAAACACUAUCACUUACUCUAUGCUCAUGCUGGCAAGUGAAAGAAAGGAUGACUUUGAGGUAAGUUUCAAGCUUCUCUCUCGAGCAAAAGAAGAUGGAGUAUCACCGAACUUCAUCAUGUGCAGAUGCAUAACAAGCCUUUGCAAGCGAAGGUUUGAGAAGGCUUGUGCUGCUGGUGAACCUGUUGUGUCUUUUAAAUCAGGACGACCUCAGAUUGAAAAUAAAUGGACAUCAAUGGCCUUAAUGGUUUACCGUGAGACAAUAUCAGGUGGUACGGUUCCUACUACAGAAGUAGUUUCACAAGUUUUGGGAUGCUUGCAACUUCCACAUGAUGCUGCUUUGAGGGAUAGGCUGAUUUCGAAUUUAGGCAACAUUUCUUCACAAAAGCAACAUAACAUAUUCCCACUAGUAGAUGGGUUUGGAGAGUAUGAUCCUCGAGCAUUUUCACUGCUUGAGGAGGCUACUUCUCUUGGAGUCCUUCCUUCUAUGUCCUUCAAUAAAGUUCCAUUGUUUUUUGACACGACAGAAUUGCCCAAAAACGUGGCUGAGGUUUACCUCUUAACCAUCUUUAAAGGUCUAAAGCAUCGCCUUGCAGCUGGUGCGAAGAUACCUCAUAUUAAUCUGAUCAUUUCCAUAGAAGAGAAGGAGAUCACGACUCCUGAAGGAGAGAAGACAAUUGACCUUGCAGGAAGGGUUGGACAAGAAAUUUCUGCGUUGUUGAGAAGGUUGGGGAUACCUUAUCAUAGAAAGGAUUCUAAAUUAAGAAUCAAUGGUGUUUCUUUGAAGAACUGGUUUCAACCAAAGCUUGACUCACCAUUCUCCACAAAGCCAGGGGACUUAAGAUCAUCACAAGUACCAUUAGGUAACCAAAUCACUCGCCAGCAACGCAGCAUUCGACUAGGGAACCUCUCACUUGAGUGA